GGCCCCAAUACCUGCCCGUCUGGGGCCCGAGCUCUGGAGGGCGUCGGGAAGGUGCAGAGGCUGGAAACCCAGGAGCGAGAGAUUGGGUAAUGUGGCUGAGGGUUCGGAGACAGGAUCUGAGACCAAGUACCGGGUAAGGACUGCCGAGCUGCAUCAGAUCCCUACCCCCAGCUUCCUUCAUUUGCGCAAUCCUUCGAGAAGUCUUUGACACGUUCCGGGUCAGGGAACUGGAGAGGCACAAUACUGGCUUCCCCCACGCUCGCCACCCCCCUCACCCUCGUCUAGGCCGACACGGAUCUGUGACCUUGUCCGCCCCAAGACCUCCCACGGAGGCCUGUUAACCCCUGGGUUCCCUCAUGUGGCAUGAUUUAGCGUCUCCAUGCCAGCCUCUGAGAGUGUGCACAGGAAGGGUGGCGUUCUGGAGGCUGGUCACCUUCCCCCAGCCACCCCCUCCCCCACACCACACACCCCGAUGAUCUUUCCUUCCACUUCUCCCCUAGGCAUGGCUUUUGCCCUCCUGACCUCUGUGCCUCCAGUGUUCGGACUCUACACUUCUUUCUUCCCCGUCCUCAUUUACACCUUGUUGGGUACUGGGAGACAUCUGUCCACUGGAACUUUCGCGGUACUCAGCCUCAUGACGGGCUCGGCCGUGGAGCGGCUGGUGCCGGAACCCCUCGGGGGUAACCUGAGUGAAAUCGAGAGGGAACAGUUGGACGCUCAGCGGGUUGGGGCGGCUGCAGCCUUAGCCUUCGGGAGCGGGGCGCUGAUGCUGGGCAUGUUCGCGCUGCAGCUCGGCGUCCUGUCCACCUUUUUGUCGGAGCCUGUGGUCAAAGCGCUGACCAGCGGGGCCGCGCUGCACGUGCUCGUGUCCCAGUUGCCCAGCCUUUUAGGGUUGCCCCUCCCGCGCCAGAUUGGCUGCUUCGCUCUCUUCAAGACGUUGGCCGCUGUGCUGACCGCGCUGCCCCGGAGCAGUCCGGCAGAACUGACCAUCUCGGCACUCAGCCUGGCGCUGCUCGUGCCCGUCAAAGAAUUGAACGUGAGAUUCCGGGACAAGCUACCCACCCCGAUCCCAGGCGAAAUCGUCAUGGUGCUUCUGGCCUCUGUGCUCUGCUUCACUUCUUCCCUGGACACAAGAUACAACGUCCAGAUAGUGGGGCUGCUGCCUGGAGGAUUCCCCCAACCUCGCCUCCCUAACCUGGCUGAGCUGCCCAGGAUUCUGGUUGACUCGCUGCCCAUCGCGCUGGUUGCCUUUGCUGUGUCCGCCUCCCUGGCCUCCAUCUAUGCAGACAAGUAUAGCUACACUAUUGACUCCAACCAGGAGCUCUUGGCCCAUGGUGUCUCCAACCUCAUCUCCUCCCUCUUCUCCUGCUUUCCCAACUCCGCCACAUUGGCCACCACCAGCCUACUAGUGGAUGCUGGUGGGAACACACAGCUGGCAGGCCUCUUCUCCUGCAUAGUUGUCCUCUCAGUGCUGCUGUGGCUGGGGCCCUUCUUCUAUUAUCUGCCCAAGGCUGUCCUGGCCUGCAUCAACAUCUCCAGCAUGCGCCAGAUGUUCUUCCAGAUGCAGGAACUGCCACAGCUAUGGCGCAUCAGCCGCAUGGACUUUGCUGUAUGGAUGGUCACAUGGGUGGCCGUAGUGAUCCUGAGUGUGGACCUAGGCCUGGCCAUAGGUGUGGUCUUCUCCAUGAUGACUGUGAUCUGCCGUACCCAGAGGGUGCAGUGCCUGGCACUUGGACUUGCUGAGGGGACGGAGCUCUACAGGCCACUCAGAGAGAGCCACAAGCUCUGCAAGGUCCCGGGGCUCUGCAUCCUGAGCUACCCAGCACCCCUCUACUUUGGGACCCGUGGGCAGUUUCGCCGCACCCUGGAGUGGCACCUGGGGCUUGGAGAAGGAGGAAAGGAGGCUCCAAAGACAGAUGGCCCACCCGAUGCAGUUGCUGAGCCCGUCAGGGUGGUGGUCUUAGACUGCAGUGGUCUCACCUUUGCAGAUGUUGCUGGAGCCAGAGAAGUGGUACAGCUGGCCAGCCGAUGCCUCGAUGCUGGGAUCCACCUUCUCCUGGCUCAGUGUAAUGCCUCAGUACUGGGGACACUGACCCAGGCAGGACUCCUGAACAGAGUGACCCCAGAACAGCUGUUCGUCAGUGUCCAGGAUGCAGCUGCUCAUGCCCUGGAGAGACUGGUGAGGGGGCAGGAGCAACAGGAGGGAAACCCAGGAGGUGCUGGGCUAUAUAGCAGAUCACAUGAGACUACGGGUCCGAAGACUUGCACAGUGUGGGUCUGACACAGUCAUCAGCAGCGUGGAGGGCCCCAACAAUAUGUGCGUGAGGAGUCCUCUUACUUCUUAUAAUUAAUAAAACAAGGCUGAGCACCUCUGGGGUUCAUGAAGUGAACCUCUGGGUGUCCGCACACUGA